AGGGAGCAGGGGAGGAGACCUCCGCCAAGGAGCGGGAGCAAGAGCAGGCUGGGUCUGGCCCUGCUCCGCUAGCCCUGGGCCUGGAUCCGGGCGAGUGCCUGGCAGUGCAAGAUGGGGCACUGGGCUGCAGCAGCCACCCGAGCCCGCUGAGGCUCCCCCCCCUCCACUUCCCUUCCCCUCCCUCCAGGCUGUCUAGAGAGGCCUUAUGAGGAGCCAGGGUGGGGUAGGGGGGCAUUUGGGCACCCCCUUCUCACACCCCCUGCCCCCUGCAUAGCCCAAGUGGGUAUUCUCUCAGUGUGGGAGGAGAUAGCAAGAAACUGGGGGCAAGGAAGAAGAGACGCAAGUGUGGGGCAUUGCGGGGGGGGGGCUGCAAAGAGGGUGAUGAGGAAGUGCAAAUUAAACCGCCCUCCCAGGGGAGGGAGAAUGCCAUUAAGUGGGUGUUUUGUUUUGAGCUGAUUUUUAACAAAGUCCCUGCAAUCUGAGUCAUCUUUACUUGGAAGUAAUUCUCCCAAGUGGGACUUGCAGAAGAGCAAGCUAUGUAAAUCCAGAUGGAGCACUCUGGAGCCAGAGGCCAAAUACAGCAGCAAAGCCGGCCACAGCCUUGGGGGAAGUUGAUCAGGUUAGGGGCGGGAGAAGCCGAGCCUCACCUCUUGCUGCUGAAGAAAGAGUGGACAAUUGGGAGGAAAAAAGGUUGUGACCUGUCCUUUCCUGGCAACAAACUGGUGUCUGGAGAUCACUGUAAAAUAAUAGUGGAUGAAGAAUCUGGACAAGUAUCACUGGAAGAUACCAGCACUAAUGGAACAAUUAUUAAUAAACAGAAGGUGGUGAAGAAACAGGUUUGCCCUCUGCAGACUGGAGAUGUGAUCUAUGUUGUUUACAGGAAAAAUGAGCCAGAAAACAAUGUUGCUUAUCUCUACGAAUCCCUAAACCCAAAACAGGACGCAGCUAAUGAGCCAGUAGAAGCCAAUGUUGACAGCGUGUGCCAUGUGACCAAAGAUACCUCAAAUACCAGACAAAGUGAUGAUGGGACCUCAAUGGCAUUGCCAUCAGCUACUCAGUCUCGCGAUGAUGAACCACAGCCAUCCACUUCUACGUCAGACCUCUUUAAAGCUGCUGCUACCUCUCUCGCUGAGUCCAUAUCCACUGGACAGGAGAAUCCCUCAACAUCUGGGUCAGAAUCUUUCGUCUUCACUCCUCCGUUUGUUUCCCCCGCCCUGGAGCCAUGUGAGCCAGAAGCAUCACCAGGACACAAGCAGCCAAAUGGAAAUACUGAAACCUCUGACCUUUCCUCAGGGGUCAAAGAGAAAAUGGUAUUGCCGAUGGCUGAGCUUAGAAGCAGGGAUAAAGAGGAGGUCUUGGAGCCCGUUAGGAAGAAAAUGAGAGGAGAUGGCGAUGCCAGCUCGUAUCUUCAGGUGACCACCCCAAAUGAAUGUGCAAUGAAAGCUGGCCCUGAGGACACCAAGUCGGCGAAUGUGAAGCCGGACAAAAUGGAAGAAACGCUCACCUGCAUCAUCUGCCAGGAACUGCUGCAUGACUGCGUCAGCCUGCAGCCCUGUAUGCACACAUUUUGUGCUGCUUGCUACUCAGGGUGGAUGGAACGCUCCUCACUCUGUCCAACUUGCCGAUGUCCGGUGGAACGUAUUUGUAAAAAUCAUAUUCUGAACAAUUUGGUGGAAGCUUAUCUCAUCCAGCACCCAGAUAAGUGCCGUAAUGAAGAGGACGUGCGAAGCAUGGAUGCUCGGAACAAAAUCACUCAAGACAUGCUUCAGCCGAAGGUUCGGAGGUCCUUUUCAGAUGAAGAAGGAAGUUCUGAAGACCUGCUGGAACUGUCGGAUGUAGAUAGCGAAUCUUCAGAUAUUAGCCAGCCCUAUAUAGUGUGCAGACAGUGCCCAGGCUAUCGACGGCCAUCUGCUCAACCCCUUGUCUCCCCGGGCCAGGAAGGCGAAACGGAAGCAGCGCAGGCAUUAGGGGAUGCACCAUCUACCUCGGCCAACUUCCCAACAGCUGUCCAGGAGUACGUGUGUCCAGCUCAAGGAAGCCACGUGAUAUGCACUUGCUGCUUCCAGCCCAUGCCAGACCGCAGAGCAGAGCGUGAGCAGAAUCCGCUUAUCGCCCCUCAGCAAUGCACCAUCUGUCUCCAACCCUUCUGUCACUUGUACUGGGGCUGCACACGGGUGGCGUGUUUUGGCUGCUUGGCAUCAUUCUGUGAAAUAAAUCUUGGUGACAAGUGUUUAGAUGGAGUCCUGAACAACAAUCACUAUGAAUCAGAUAUUCUAAAGGAUUACCUGGCAUCCAGGGGUUUGACAUGGAAAGACAUGUUAAACGAAAGUCUCCGAGCUCUUCAAAGAGGAGUUUUUAUUUUGUCAGAUUAUCGAAUUACUGGAGAAACUGUGCUCUGUUACUGUUGUGGCUUGCGUAGCUUCCGAGAGCUUGCUUAUCAGUACAGGCAGAAUAUUCCUGCUUCUGAACUGCCAGUGGCUGCCACAUCCCGUCCCGAUUGCUACUGGGGGCGCAAUUGCCGGACUCAAGUCAAAGCACACCACGCCAUGAAAUUCAAUCACAUUUGCGAACAAACACGAUUUAAAAACUGAAGGUGUGUUUGGCGUUUCACUGGUCUGAAUGCUCUCGGCUUAUGUAAGAAGGGAAGGAAAAUUAAACCUGAAAUGCUGACUUUA